ACAAGAAGACUACGAUGAGUGUAAAACGCGUAGUUUUAUUUUUUUUAAGUAUUAUUUAUACCAAAUUUAUUAAUGUAACUUGAAUUUAAUAUUGGCUGAUUAAUGUAAGAAGAAAUAUUCGAAUAAGUAAAAAAAUUUUUAAAGUAAACAAAUUGACACGUAACAAUGAUGAGAUUAGUCAUAGUAAUUUUAUUUAUCAUUUUAAUAAUUAAUUUCAAUGAUAUCAUCGCAAGAAGAAUUCAAACAAACAACAUAGAUUUUAAUUGUAUUAAGUCCCUUCAAGAGGAACUAAAUUUUGAUAAAAAUUUACAUAUUUCGCUAUGUAAAUUUGUUAUCCUGGAAAGCAGUCCACUAAUAUCUGACGGGAAAUCACCGAUUAGGUUUCACGUAAAAAUACGAGCAUACACUUUUGAUAUCGAAUUGAAAUUACGAAAAAAACAUUCUCCAGCUUUUACAUACACUUCUGUAUUAUUAGAGGAUGUUGACAAAGGAGAAAUCAAACACACUCGGACAAAUAUUUCAGCGAUAACAAUGUCUUCGCAGUUAACGUACUAUUCAGAUACACAGAAAAAUGCUGCAAUGAUAAAAUUUGUUGAAAACGGUUUAGCAACAAUGGAAGGUGUAAUUGGAAACUACGUACUUCGUUAUAUACCCAAGGCUAAUUAUUAUAUAUUAUUUAGAAUAUCUUUUCAUCCAGUGCCAAUUUAUAAUGAAAAUUUAAAUUUUUAUAAAGUAGUUGAUGAUGUUCCGUCUUAUGAUUUAAAAACUACCAUAGGCUUCGUGGAUAUAAAACUUCUAGUAGCCCUAGAUGAAUAUUCUAUAUCUGGUAGAUUUAUAAAUCAAGUUAUUAAAGGUUCAUUGAUACACUUCAAUGCUGCUGAUAUGCUGUUCUCGAAAUUUACUAAUCCGAAGAUUACUUUAUCUAUUAUUGGUAUAAUUCUUCCGUAUGCUACUAGAAAUGGUAUAUAUAAUAGAACAUUCAAUGACAAUGAAGUUUGUAAUUUAAGAACCACUCAAAUUAAAGAAAGUAAUGAGUUCUUUAUAAGCAAGCACAGCGACUAUUCAUUCAAUUCAUAUCACAUUGGAGUGGUAAUGACAACCUUGCCAAUUUGUGAAAGUGAAUCAAAAAACUGUGAGAUAUAUGUUUCUGGGUAUGAAAAUUACGAUUGCCCACAUCAGCAUAAUUCUUAUUCAAAAACGACCAUCAUACGUCAUCCGGACUUCUAUGGUAAUUAUGGAGCAAUCGUACAAAAUUUAAAAACAAGAUUCAUCAAAUAUAUUGCACGGCGUUAUGACAAAGUAGGAGAAAUUUUGAAUCCAGAUGAAGCAUUCACAGCAUGGUCACAAAAUGAUGUAGAUGAUUUAACGUAUUAUUUUAGAUCCCAAACAGCAAGGUGUUGGAAUGAAAAAUUAAAUGUUACACCGAGGCCAAGAAAUAAUGCCAGGAGAAGUGACAGGAAAGAAAACAUUACAAAUGGCCAGAAAUGGAAAUCUAAUCCUGGAGUAUAUGGAGUACAGACAAAUGAUGUGUCAAACAGAACAGGAAUAUCAACGAUACCAUUGAAAGAAGGGCGAAACGAAAAAAAAGUAAAUUCUCCAAAAGAUUGGACUCUAAAGGAUCUAACCAAAGAAAAUGGAAGCAGAGUAACUGGUCAUGAACAUAACACAAGCCUUCCAUUACAAAAAACUGAUCAGUCAAAAAUUCCAAGUCCGGUUACAGAAUUUACUUCCGCACGAAUGACACCCAAAGAUUAUAAUAAUAAAGGCUCUGAGGUACUGAAUAAGACCGUCACAGUUGCGCUUGGAGUGAAACCUUAUAAUAUAACGGAGAGGCCGCAAAAAUCAACAAUUAAAUCACCAGAAAAAAAAAACAAGGCUGAAAUUCCUUCCUUCAAUGAUUACAUUCCAAAUGAUCGAAACCAAACGAGGAACAGAAGUACGAAUAAUAGAGAAUCUGCCAACAACAUUCCAUUACGAAAAACUGACAAGUCAACAACUCAAACUCCAGUUACAGAAUCUACUAAACCAAGAUUCACAGCCAAUGAUCAUAAAAUAAUAGGCUCUCAAAAAGUCAAUAAUACCCUAACAACUGUGUCUAGAGAAGAGCUUAAUGAUUUGUCAGAAAAACCAAAAGAAUCAAAAGCGCGGUUGCCAAAAGCGAAAAUCGAAGUUAUAAUGCCUUCUCCGAAUUACUUGCUCUCGAAAGAUCAAAUCAAAUUAACCAACAGUACUACGAGUGGCUUGGAACAAAAAACUAAUCCCCGAUUACAAAGAGCUGAAAAGUCAACGAAUCGAGCUCCAUUGACAGAAUCUACAACCAAGCGAUUCACAUCUAAUGACCAUAGAAAUAUACACUUUCAGAAAGUCAAUAAUACUGCGACAAUCGUAUCAGAGUUAGAGAUUGAUGAUCAGUCAAUGAAGGAGGAAAAAUCAACGAUACAAUCGCCAACAGGAAAAAACAGAGAAAAAAUUCCUUCCACAGAGACAACGAUCUCAAAAGAUUGGAUCAAAGCAACAAAUAGCCAUGCGACUGGUCAUAAACCUGACACCAACCGAUCAUCACGAGGAAUUUAUCAGUCAACGACUCUCGCCUCGUCAGAAGAAUCUCCUCCGGCACGACCAACACCCCAAGAUUAUAAUAUUGAAGGCUUUAAAGUACUGAAUGAGACAGCCACAGCUGCAUCUGAAGUAAAGCCUGAUGAGAUGUCAAAGGCGCUAGAAACAUCGACGACACCACUACCAAAACGAGUGACCAAAGCUGAGGAUCUUACUUUAAAAAACUCAAAUCCUAAUGUUCAAAAUAAAACCACGAAUAGCAGGGCGACUGGUCAUGAACCUGCCACCAACCAUUUAUCACAAGGAACUCUACAAUCGACGGCUUUCGCCUCAUCAACGGAAUCUACUACCGCUCGACAACGAAUUCGAAACAAAAAUAUUGGAGGUUUCAAUGUACUCAAUAAGACCACCACAGUUGCAUCUGGAGUAGAGACUGGUGAUAUGACAGGAACGCGGGAAACAUCAACGACUCCAUUACCAGAAAAAAAUACCAAGGCUAAAGAUGCUUCAUUAAAAAAUUCAGGUGCAAAUGUUCAAAACCAAACUACGAACGGUAGUGCUGCUAAAUACAAAUUUAAAGCAAACUAUUCAUCACAAGAAAUAUUCCAAACGACAACUCUCGCCUCGUUAAUGGAACCGACUGCUGUUCAACUAAUACUCCAUAACAAUAAUGUUGUAGGUUUCAAUAUACAGAAUGAGACUACCAAAGUUGCAUUUGGAGGAGGGCCUGAAAAUAUGUCAGAGACGCCGGAAGAAUCAACAACACCAUUAUCGAAAAGAAAAAAGAAACCUGAGGUUUCUCUUUCAAACGAUUCAAAUCAAAAUGUUCGGAAUAAAACAACGAACAUCAGUGUAAAUGGUCGUAAAUCUUACACCAACAACUUACCACAAGAUACUCUUCAGUCGACGACUGUCGCGCCGUCAACAAUUUUUACUAACAGACGACUAACGACUCUAAAAAAUAAUACUGUAGGCGUUGAAGUACUAAAGAAGACAGCUACAUCUGAAGUAAAACCUGGUGCAAUGUCAGAAGCACUGGGGACAUCAACGACUCCAUUAGCAGAAGAACAUACCGAAGCCGAAGAUCUUUCUUUGAAAAAUUCAAAUCCAAAUAGCCAAAAACAAACUACUAACAGCAAUGCAAAUAAUCUUGAACCUGCUGACAGCCAUUCAUCACAAGAAAUUCUACAGUCGACAACUCUCACCUCGUCAAUGGAAUCUAAUACCGAAAGACCAACACCACAAAAAAAUAAUACUGCAGGCACCAAGGUGCUAAAUGGGACAGCUACCGUUGCAUCUGGAGUAAAGCCUGAUAAGAUGUCAGAGCCACUAGGCACAUCGGCGUCUCCGUUACCAGAAGAGAAUACUAAGGCUAAAGAUUUUUCUCGAAAAAAUUCAAAUCUAAAUAGUCAUGACCAAACGACAAACAGUAGUGCGUCUGGACAUGAUCUGAAAGUAAACUAUUUACCACACAAAUCUUUACAAUCGACGACUUUUGCUUCGAUAGUAGAAUCAAUUACCACACAGAACAGAACUCGAACCAAUAAUAGUGGAGGCUCUAAUGUAAUAAAUAAAACCACCGCAUAUAUAUUUAAAGCAAAUCCUGAUGAAAAGUUAGAGGCACUGAAAAUAUCAACGCCACCAUUACCAGAAAUACAGACCAAAGCCCAAGAUCUUUCUUUGAAAAAUUCAAAUCCGAAUAGCGAAAAACAAACUACUAACAGCAAUACAAAUAGUCUUAAACCUGCAGACAACCAUUCAUCACAAGGCACUCUACAGUCGACGACAGUCGCCUCAUCAACGGAAUCGACUACCGCUCGACGAACGCCCAUAAAAAAUAAUACUGGAGGCACCAAUAUACUAAAUAAGGCAACCACAGCUGCAUCUGAAGUAAAGCCUGAUGAGAUGUCAGAGGCACUGAAAAGAACAACGAUUCCAUUACCAGAAAAAAAUACUAAAGCUAAAGAUCCUCCUUUAAAAAAUUUGAAUUCGAAUGAUCAAAACCAAAUUACAUAUAGCAGCGCGAAUGUUCAAGAACCUGUCACCAAUCGUUCAUUACGAGAAACUGUACCAUCGACAACUAUCACCUUGUCAACAGAAUCAACUACCACACAACACUCAACCCAAAACAAUAAUAAUGAAGGCACCAAGGUAAAAAGUAGGACAGCUACAAAUGGAUCUGCAGUGAAGCCUGAUGAGAUGUUAGAGGCACUGGAAACAUCAGCGUCUUCAUUACCAGGAAAAAAUACUAAGGCUGAAGAUCUUUCUUUAAAAUAUUUAAAUAUAAAUGGUCAAAACCAAACCAAAAACAGCAGUGCAGCGGGACAUAAACAUAACAAGAACUAUUCAUCACAAGAAACUCUACAUUCGACAAUUCUCGAGUCGUCAACUGCACCUACUACAACACAACACAUAACCCCAGACAAUAAUAAUGGAAGCGCCAAGGUACUAAAUAGGACAGCUACAUUUGGAUCUAAAGUAAAGCCCGAUAAGAUGUUAGACACACUGGGGACAUUAGCGUCUCCAUUACCAGAUAAAUAUACCGAAUCUAGUAAUCCUUCAUUAAUAAUUCCAAAUCUAAACGGUCAAGACCGAACCAUAAACAGCAAAGGAACUGGUUAUAAGCCUGUCACCAACACUUCAUUGCGAGAAACUUUACACUCGCGGGAAUUCAUCUCCUCAAUGGAAUCUACUACCGGGAAACCACCACUCCAUGAAAAUAAUACUGAAGGCGCCAAGGUACUAAAUGGGACAGCUACAUUUGGAUCUAAAGUGAAGCCUGAUGAGAUGUUAGAGGCAAUGGGAACAUCAGCAUCUUUAUUACCAGAAGAUACUACUAAGGCUAAUGAUCCUUUUUUAAAAAAUUCAAAUCCGGAUGAUCAAAUCCAAAUCAAAAACAGCAGUGCGAAUGUUCAUGAAUCUGUCACCCACCAUUCAUUACAAGAAACUCUUCCAUCGACAACUGUCACCUCCUUAGCAAAAUCUACUACCACACAACACUCAACCCAAGACAAUAAUAAUGGAGGCACUAAGGUACAACAUGGGACAACCACAUUUGGAUCUGAAUUAAAGCCCGAUGAGAUGUUAGAGACACUGAAAACAGUAACGACUCCAUUACCAGAAAAAAAUACUGAGGCUACACAUCCUUCUUUAAAAAAUUUAAAUCCAAAUGGUCAAAAUCAAACCAGAAACAGCAGUGCGACGGAACAUCAACUCAAAGUGACCUAUUUACCACAAGAAACUCCACAUUCAACGAUUUUCGCGUCGUCAACUGCAUCUACUACAACACAACAGUCAACCCACGACAAUAAUAUUGGAGGCACCAUGCUACUAAAUGGAACAGCUCGAUUUGCAUCUGAAGUUAAGCCUGAUGAGAUGUCAGAGGCACUAAAUACACUAACGACUCCAUUUCCAGAAAAAAAUACAGAAUCUAAUAAUCCUUCAAUAAUAAAUCCAAAUCCAAAGAGUCAAGACCAAACCAUGAACAGCAGUGCCACUGGCCACAAGCCUGCCGCCAACAAUUUAUUACGAGAAACUUUGGACUCGCAGACACUUGCCUCCUCAACGGAAUCUACUACCGGGCGACCAUCACUCCAUGAAAAUAAUACUAAAGGUACCAAAGUACUAAAUGGGACAGCUGCAUUUGAAUCUGAAGUGAAGCCUGAUGAGAUGUCAGAGGCACUGAAAACACUAACGACUCCAUUACCAGAAGAAAAUACUGAGGCUAAAGAUCCUUCUUUAAAAAAUUUAAAUCCAAAUGGUCAAAAUCAAACCAGAAACAGCAGUGCGACGGAACAUCAACUCAAAGUGACCUAUUUACCACAAGAAACUCCACAUUCAACGAUUUUCGCGUCGUCAACUGCAUCUACUACAACACAACAGUCAACCCACGACAAUAAUAUUGGAGGCACCAUGCUACUAAAUGGAACAGCUCGAUUUGCAUCUGAAGUUAAGCCUGAUGAGAUGUCAGAGGCACUGAAAACAGUAACGACUCCAUUACCAGAAAAAAAUACUGAGGCUACACAUCCUUCUUUAAAAAAUUUAAAUCCAAAUGGUCAAAAUCAAACCAGAAACAGCAGUGCGACGGAACAUCAACUCAAAGUGACCUAUUUACCACAAGAAACUCCACAUUCAACGAUUUUCGCGUCGUCAACUGCAUCUACUACAACACAACAGUCAACCCACGACAAUAAUAUUGGAGGCACCAUGGUACUAAAUGGAACAGCUCGAUUUGCAUCUGAAGUUAAGCCUGAUGAGAUGUCAGAGGCACUAAAUACACUAACGACUCCAUUUCCAGAAAAAAAUACAGAAUCUAAUAAUCCUUCAAUAAUAAAUCCAAAUCCAAAGAGUCAAGACCAAACCAUGAACAGCAGUGCCACUGGCCACAAGCCUGCCGCCAACAAUUUAUUACGAGAAACUUUGGACUCGCAGACACUUGCCUCCUCAACGGAAUCUACUACCGGGCGACCAUCACUCCAUGAAAAUAAUACUAAAGGUACCAAAGUACUAAAUGGGACAGCUGCAUUUGAAUCUGAAGUGAAGCCUGAUGAGAUGUCAGAGGCACUGAAAACAGUAACGACUCCAUUACCAGAAAAAAAUACUGAGGCUACACAUCCUUCUUUAAAAAAUUUAAAUCCAAAUGGUCAAAAUCAAACCAGAAACAGCAGUGCCACUGGUCAUAAGUCUGCCACCAACACUUCCCUACGAGAAACUUCUCAUUCGCGGGCAGUCACCUCCUCAACGGUAUCUACUGCCGGGCGACCACCACUUCAUAAAAAUAAUACCGAAAGCACCAAAGUACUCAAUGGGACAGCUACAUUUGAAUCUGAAGUGAAGCCUGAUGAGAUGUCAGAGGCACUGAAAACACUAACGACUCCAUUACCAGAAGAAAAUACUGAGGCUAAAGAUCCUUCUUUAAAAAUUUUUAAUCCAGAUGGUCAAAAUCAAACCAGAAACAGCAGUGCGACGGAACAUAAACUUAAAGUGACCUAUUUACCACAAGAAACUCCAUAUUCAACGAUUUUCGCGUCAUCAACUGCAUCUACUACCACACAACAGCCAACCCACGACUGUAAUCAUGGAGGCACUAAGAUACAAAAUAGGACAGUUACAUUCGGAUCUGAAGUAAAGCCUGAUGAGAUGUUAGACGCACUGAAAACAACAGCGAUUUCAUUACCAGAAACAAAUACUAAUGCUAAAGAUCUUUUUCUCAAAAAUUCAAAUUCAAAUGGUCAAUACCAAACAGCAAACGGCAGUGCGACGGGACAUGAACUUAACGUGAACUAUUUAUCACAAGCAAUUCCACAUUCGACGACUUUCGCCUCGCCAACGGAAUUUACUACUACCCGACAAACACUUCGAAACGAUAAUAUUGAAGGUUUCAAUGUUUUCCAUAAGAUCUCCACAUUUUUAUCUGGAGUAAAUCCUAAUGAUAUGUCAGAGACGCUGAAAGAAUCAACGAUCCCAUCACCAGAAGGGAUCAACAAACCUGAAAUUUCUCCUUUAAGCGAUUCGAAUCAAAAUGUUCGAAUACAAACAACGCACGGCAGUCCUACUGUUCGUAAAUUUAACACAAACUAUUUAUCACGAGAAUCUUUUCAGCCGACAACUGUCGCCUCAUUAACCGAUUCUAGUACCGGACGACGAACACCCCAAAAGAAUAAUACUGGAAGCUUCAAUGUUCCAAAUGGCACAGCCACAGUUGAAUCUAGAGUAAAGCCUGAUGAGAUUUCAGAGACAUUGGAACUAUUACCGCCUCCAUUAUCUGAAGAAAAAACGAAACCUAAAAAUCUUUAUUUGAAACAUUCAUAUCGUAAGGUGCGCUACCGAGCCACGAACAGCAGUGCGACUGUUCAUGAAUCUGCCACUAACUAUUCAGCACCAGAAACUCGUCAAGUGAUGACCCUUGCCUCGUCAUCUGAAUCUACUACCACACGACUAAAACUUCAAGAACACGAAAUUGGUGACUUUAAGGUACUAAAUGAGACUGGCUUAGUUGAAUCUAGAGUGAACCCUGAUCAGAUGUCGGAGACACUGGAAACAUCAACGACUUCAUUACUGCAAGAACAGACUAAAGUUGAAGAUCCUUUUUCAAAAAAUUUAAAUUCAUCCGUUCAGUCUCAAGAAAAGAACAGCAGUGCGACUGGUCGCCAACCUGAAACCAACCUUCUAUUAUCAGAAUCUAAUCAUUCGUCAAUUCGAGCUUCUGUGACGGAAUCUGCAACCGCACUAUUCACAGCCAAUGAUCAUGGAAUCAUUGGCUUUCAUAAAGAAAAUGAUACUUUUACAGUUACAUCAGAGGUAGAUACUAAUGAUAUGUCAAGCAGGCCAGAAAAAUCAACGACACUAUCGUCACAAUCGGAAAACAAUGCUAAAAUACCCUCUAUUGACGAUCCAAUUCUAAAAGAUCGAACCGACGUCAAUAACAGCCAUGUAACUGUUCGUAAACCUGACAUCAACUUUUCAUUCCGAAAUACUGAUGAGUCAACAUCUCAAGUUCCGGUUGCAGAAUUCACAACCCCAGUAUUUGUAAAUUUUUCUCCUGAAGAGCUUGAAAAACUGACAGAUGCGCCUAAUCCAGAUAAUACAUCUCAUAAACAACUUUUGUUCAACCCUGAAAUAUCAAAUGGUUUAGAAUCUACUGUAGACACUUUUCCACUAGUCGAAUCUACUACUGACACUUUGAAAUCUGCAGCAGUCGCCGAUACUUCAGAUUCUUCUGCUUUCAUUUUAUAUGCAUCUCUUUCCGUUCCACUUUUACUAAGCAUCGUUUAUUCUUCCUAUUUACUCUUUAAUGCGUGCAGAAAAAUUCGUCGAUCUCGAUAAAUUCUUUAUUUCAUGCAAUAAUUUUAAUAAUAUUUAGUUAUAAUGUUCAUAAAUAAUUGUAUCAACAUAAAUGGAUCCAAAUAAAUCUUAUAAUUUUUGU